UGCACGUUCUCAAGCGUGAAGUAUGUGUCAUUGUCAGAUAAUUUAUCGAAUUCAUAGUGAAUAAUCUGGAUUAAAAAUUUUUUUCUCAAUGUCAACACAAUUUUAACAACGAAUUUUGCAAAAUGACAAUUGAAUAGAAGAGCAAAAUCAACAACAAUUCAAAUUUUGUUCACGUUAUUGUUGAUGGUCAAAUAGAGAUAUAUACAAAUUGUUUCACUUUGGACGAACAAUCCAUCAAUCACCAAUACAUUUUCUUCUUAUGUAACGAAGUAAAAAAAUAAUAACGUGAUGGAGUUAUCUACAUUGUUCCUGACUAUCCUCACGGCGGGUGUCUGUUUGUAUUAUUUUGUUGUAAGCAAAUUCUCUCAUUUCGAGCGGCUUAAGAUUCCACAUGUACGACCAAUUCCGUUAUUGGGUAACUUGACGCCCUUUAUAUUCCAACGUGAAUCUUUUGCGGAGCUCAUAUGCAGAAUAUACAAUCUUUUUCCGGAAGCGAAAUAUGUCGGCUUCUACGAUCUUGCAAAACCGAUAUACCUCGUUCGUGAUCCGGAAUUGAUCUCCACAAUUGCUAUCAAAAAUUUCGACAACUUCUGUGAUCACCGUAACUUUGUGAGUGAUGACGAGCCAAUGACCAGUAAAAAUUUAUUCGGUCUACGAGGCGAUCACUGGCGCGAGAUGCGGAAGCUUCUCAGUCCAGCUUUCACAUCCAGUAAGAUGAAAAUGAUGUUCGGUCUUAUGUGCGAAUGUGCCGAGAACUUCACGAAUUCUGUGGCACAAACCGGAAAGAUUGGUAAAACGUAUGAUAUGAAAGAUACGCUCUCCAGAUACACUAACGACGUAGUGGCUACAUGUGCCUUCGGCAUAAGUGUGGAUUCGUUUAAAAAUCCGAAUAAUGAGUUCUUCUUACUCGGCAAAAACAACUUUAUGUUUAAUUGGUGGCUGUCUUUCAUGUUUUUCAUGCAUGGCUACUUUCCGUUGCUGACAAAGUAUCUCAAGUUGAGAAUGUUCAGCGCAAAAGUGGAAAGCUUCUUCAAAGAUGUCGUCAGCAGCACGAUAAAAAUUCGAGAUGAGCAGGGGAUUGUUCGACCAGACAUGAUUCAACUGAUGAUGGAGACUAGGAAUAAGAAUCAAGAAUCUAAAUUCAACAUUGAAGAGAUGACUGCUCAGGCGUUCAUUUUUUUCUUCGGUGGAUUUGAUUCUGUGUCAACGGCCUCGUCCUUCCUGGUGCAUGAGGUCGCUACCAAACUUGAUGUUCAGAACAAAUUAAGAAAUGAAAUUGAUCAAGUUCUUAGGGAGACCAAUGGCAAGCCGACUUAUGAAGCCAUCAACGGUAUGAAGUACUUGGACGCCGUUGUGAAUGAAACUCUCAGAUUGUAUCCGAUAGCGAGUUUCCUUAAUAGGCUGUGCGUGAAAGAAUUCGAAUUGCCACCGGCGACUUUAGACGGCGAAUCGGUCACCUUGAAGCCCGGAGAUGUUGUAUGGUUUUCAAGUUACGCUCUACAUCACGACCCCAAGUACUUUUCACAGCCGAACAAGUUCGAUCCCGACAGAUUCUUGAACGGCGACGUAAACAACUCGGUCUACAUACCAUUUGGUGUCGGACCCAGGAUUUGCCUAGGUAACAGAUUUGCCCUACUCCAAAUGAAGAUCAUGUUAUUCUACCUGCUGUGCCGUUGCGAUGUUGAACCUGACACUAAGACCAGAGAUCCCUUAACACUAGAUAAAAAGGCACAGAUCAUAAUGGCGGAGGGAGGUUUCUGGUUAAAAUUGGGAGCAAGAAAAUCGAAAGAUCCCGUAACGCAAUAUUUAUCAAGCGGAGUUGAAAAAAUAGAUUAAUCAUUUUGUAUUUCAUAUGUGCAUUUUAAAUUAUACUUAGAACAGACAUUUUUAUUAUCGAAUGCGCACAAGCUUUUUCUAAUAUAUAAAUAUUUAAUCUAAAGAAAUUAAACGUGCUAAAGAUAAAAAUUUUUAA